UGAGUUUUUUUUUUUCAAACUUAUUUUUUAAAAAUGUCGUGGUUAUUUCAAUAUGGAAGAAGUGAAAAAUUUCCAACAAUUUACGAAUCAAAAAAAACUUGGGUAACCAUUGAUUACGAUGAAGUCAUUAUAUUUUUCAUUUUUUCUACAUUAGCUAUUAUUUUUUUGUCGAUAGUUCCUGGCUAUGGAAAAAGGAGUCUUCAUGUUGGCAUAAAAGCUUUUUUCAGCAUAUCUAUUGGCUUCUCAUUAUUCCUUGUGAAUUAUGGUCAAGAAUGGGAAGUUGGCCAGAUAGAAACGUCAACUCCUUACCGUGCGGGUGAAAAAAGUGAAAUUCAAGCACAAAUUAAAAUCAAAAUUGGAUUACGAUCGAUAAAUAUAACUUUAAAAGGCUUCGGUGAAAGAGGAACUCCACUUGAAAAGGAAAUCAUAAAUUAUAAUGAAAGAUUUUCAUGGACUUGGGAUCAAGGAACUUUUGGCUUUGGUCCAAGUGCUGGCCUUUUGCAAAGAAGUCUUAGGGAAGCACAACGAAAAGGAUUGCCUAUUCCUAUCAUCUGGAUUGUUGAUCUUCUUUCAAUUGACGGUGAAGGCAUUAGGUUUGGUAGAUAUUACAGAACAACUGGAUGGUAUUGUCACAUUUUACUUUGGGCUGCAGUACCUGCCUGGAUUUUAGCAAAUAUUUUUUUGCAAUCUGUCGGAAGAUAUGCAGCAUAUUUUACAGGAUUGAUAGGAAUUCUUGAAAUCACUAGCUGUAUUAUUUGGAUGAACGUACGUAAUCCUAAUCCUCUAGCAAUUCACUUUAAUGAUAAACUUAUUGAGAUGCAUUAUGGACCAACAUUUUGGCUGGCCGCAACGACAGGUAUUUUAUGUCUAUUACUAUCUUUAAUAUUAUUAAUUUUGGAUCUUAGACAUCCUAAUUUACUCGCUAUAUUCCUUGGCAUUGAUAUUUUAAAUCAAUAUGACGAAUUUUUAAUUCGUGCAACCGAAUUAGAUCAUACAAAAGAUAAAUGUAAAAAAUAUGAAACAAUAGAAUUAGGAAAAAAAAAAUCUGAUGAAAAUUUGGAAUCUGAUGCAGCAGUGAUACUUUUAAAACGUCGGACUGCAAUUAAAUGUGCUCAAAAAGAUUUUCUCCGAAAGCCAACUUUGUCUAUGACAUUCCACAACAUUGACAAUGAGCGGCCUGAAUAUGUUAAUCAAUAUGGACCAGGGCCAUCGUUUCCGGACGGUAAGAAAGACGUAUUAAGACCACAAAUUCCCAAGAGAAAGUAAAAGUGUCAUAAAAAAGCGUUGCAUAAUUAUGGUUUGAUGAAAUUUAACUUUUGUAGAAAGUU